CAAACAAAACCCUGAUGAAAAGAGAGAGAAACAAAAAGAUAAACAGAAAGAGGACGGAGAUAAAGAAAGCGGAAAACGGGUCAGGCAAGCAGGCAAUAUGGGCAAGACAGGCGGAGGAGGAGGAAUAAAGAAAAGAAAGAAAUUAGGCAGACCUUCUUUAUCAGAUCUCCAACGUCGCCAACAACAACAACAACGUGACAAUUCCGCAAUUAUUAAUAACCCUAAUAAUUCAAUUUCAAAUUCAAAUUCAGAUCAUUUUGACGACGAAGAUGAACGGAAACGGAAAAAAGUCAAAUUAGUUGUUAAAUUGCCUCAAUCCUCUUCUCCUUCGUCUCCUCCUUCUUCUUCUAAUGCCAACCAUUUUAUUCUUAAUUCUGGAUCUGCCAAUCAUCUUCAGGGCGAAAAGGUUUCGAAAGGCAUGGACAUUCUACAUGGGUCGCCAUUCGAAUCUGGAGGACCCGUAACACCUUUGCCUGACAAAAAGUUGUUGCUUUUCAUUCUUGACAGGCUUCAAAAGAAGGACACUCAUGCGGUGUUUUCUGAGCCCGUUGAUCCUGACGAGCUCCCUGAUUACCAUGAAAUUAUUAAGCAGCCUAUGGAUUUUGGUACUGUUAGGAGCAAACUCGAUGCGGGACUUUACUCAUAUUUGGAAGAUUUGGAGGCAGAUGUUUAUUUGAUCUGCUCCAAUGCAAUGCAGUACAAUUCAUCUGAUACAAUAUACUUCCGGCAGGCGAGGUCUAUACAAGAGUUAGCAAAAAGAGACUUUGAUAAUCUGAGGCAAGAGGGUGAAGACGGCGAGUUACAACCGAAAGUGGUGAAAAGAGGCAGACCACCUGGAAAGCAGGCGAAGAAGACACCUGGCAGACCCCCAUUGGACCGUGCGGCUCCUGAAUCUACUUCGGGGGCCACUCUUGCAACUACUGAAGACCACACGACCGAGUCUACUCCUUACAAUUUACGAAAAGCACCGCCCGUGAUGUAUAGAUUUCAGGCAGAUGGUUUACUUGGCUCUCAUCGUUCUCGCAAUGAACAUUAUUCAGAAUUGUUAGCAGAUUGGAAUGAAGAGUUUCCAGUGCGCAUUCGGAGAGCUGACAUGAAAUACGGGAAUAAAAAUCUUAUCAUUGAUGAGACUAGGCGUGACACCUACAAGCAAUUUCAUCCGUCAACUUAUGCUUCCGAGUCUUCGCUUUUGUCCAACUUUGGUGGCGAAAGGAAGCAAUUGUUGGCGGUUGGUUUACAUGCCGAGCAUGGUUAUGCUAGAAGUCUAGCUCGUUUUGCUGCAAACCUUGGCCCUGUUGUUUGGAAAAUUGCUUCAAAGAAAAUUGAAAAGGCUUUGCCACCUGGAAUGAAGUUUGCUCCUGGUGUCGUCGGUGAAAAUGACACAUCUCCUCCACCAUCGUCAUUUUUCCCUUCCGGGAACUUGCGACACAUGCCCAGCUUGGUGAACGAGAGUCUUCCAGAUAGAUCGCAAACUUCAACCUCUUCAGUUCCAAAACCCCCCAUUCUAAACCAACAGAAGGAUGAGACUAUUGAGCCUGACAUUAGAAUCGAGUUGUCAUCACAGCAAGUUAAAAACGGGUUUGAUAUGAGUACAUCUGCUGAAAAUGAGAAAUUUGGUGAAGUGGAUGCUAAUUCCAUAAAACCGACUUCUUGGCAGCAGUGUAAUGACGGUAGAGGAGACAAAAUUUGACUAACAGAUUGUCGUACCACAAUUGCAGCACAAAUUUUACUACGAGUGAAGAGCCGAGCCGAGCUAAAGUAGCCAGGUAAUUCUAUAGGGUAGGGAUGAUUCUGUACAGAUCAAAUAUAGCUAUCUUUGUAACACUGGACUCAUAUUAAUCAGAUUACGAUGAUAAACCUGUCUUAGAAUAAGAAGAAAAAGAGGGGGUUGUAUCGGGUUUUUGUUUUGGCUUUGUAAAUUUAUUUUUUUUAGAGAAAACAAACAUAUUUUGUAGUUGUUUAUUCACAUUUUGGUGUUAUUACAUGUUAUAAGAAGGUUGUAUCCUGUUUUA